GUGCACAGCCGAGUGCCCCGAGCAAAAGUGCCCCGAGCAAACGAGCGGCACUGUUGGCUGAAAGGUCUCGCCCGGGGAGGCGGAUAGUACCACAAGCCCUCUCUCCCCGUCCACCGUUUGUACGACACCACCGUCAUGUCUGGCUUUGAGCAAACACACGAUCUGGCCUCGUCCGAGAGCCUGGACGAAACCCGUCUUAGCAAUGCCCUCGAGGCUCGCUAUGGUGCAGAUAUGAUCUACACGUAUGUGGGUGACAUCCUCGUGGCCGUCAACCCGUACCGCAUGUUGCCCCUCUAUACCCCGGCCGUGCAGCGCAAGUACAUGAACAUGCUGCAGCGCUCAGCACAGCCACCCCAUCUCUACGCCAUUGCCGAUGCUGCCUACAAUCAGAUGUCUCGCAAUGCUACGCCUCAGGUGGCAGUCAUCUCCGGCGAGUCGGGUGCUGGCAAGACCGAGUCCACCAAGCACUUCAUUCGCCAAAUCAUGGAGGUCAGCAGCCGUGGCCGUCACCCCAUCGAAGCCAAGAUUAUGGCGUGCAACCCGGUUCUUGAAGCCUUUGGCAAUGCCCAGACCGUCAUGAACGACAACUCUUCACGCUUCGGCAAGUUUGUGGAGCUCAAGUUUAACAACUUGGGUCAGGUCUUUGGUGCCUCCAUGUCACAUUAUCUCCUUGAGAAGGCCCGCGUUGUGAGCCAGGGGACCGGCGAACGCAACUUCCACAUCUUUGAGCUUCUUCUUGAAGGCACCAGCAACAACCUUGGCCGCUACCACCUCGACGGCUACGACAACUUCCGCUACUUGGCCUCGCGGGACGAGGACAAGGCCCGGCUGGCCCAGGAAUGGAAGGAAGUCCAGGAUGCCUUCCCUGGUAUCGGUUUCACCACCGACGAUCUCGAGUGCGUCAACAAGAUUAUUGCCGCCAUCCUGCUCCUCGGUCAGCUUGAAUUCAAGGAGGGAGGAAAUGGCGAAGACGCCGAAAUUGUAGACCCCAAGCCUUUGAACCACGCCGCCGAGCUGCUCGGCGUCUCUGCCGAAAAGCUGCGUGUCGGCUUCAUGACCAACAAGCUCGUCCUCGGUAGUGAAACAAUCUACAAGCCCCUCAAUGUCCAAAAGAGCUCCGAGUCUCGCGACGCCGUGAGCAAGGCGGUGUAUGACCGCAUGUUCGAGUGGCUCGUCACCAAAAUCGACAUGAUGCUUUGCCCUGCCGAAGCCCGCCUCGAGGAUACCUACACCAUUGGUAUCCUUGAUAUUUUCGGUUUUGAGGACUUUAAGAACAACGGUUUUGAUCAGAUCUGCAUCAAUCUGGCCAACGAGUCCCUUCACAAGUUCUUCAACACGCAUAUCUUCGCGUCUGAGCUCGAGGAGUAUGCGGCCGAAGGCAUCGAUGGAGCAUCGGUUCUCUUCACCGACAACGGCGAGAUUCUCAACCUCUUUUUUGAUCGCCCCGACGGCCUCUUUGCCGUGCUUGAUGAGGAGACCAACUUUCCCUCUGCCACAGACAAAACGCUCAUGACCAAGCUGGAGCAACAGAUGGAACGUCACACCCCCUUUGAAAUGAACAAGGGCGGCUACGCCUUUGCCAUUCAGCACUACGCCGGUCCCAUCACCUACCAAGGCACAGGUCUCCUCGAUAAGAACAAGGACCCCCUGCCCAACCGCAUGUCCGAAAGCAUGACCGACGCCUCCAACCCCCUGGCGCAACUUCUCUUCAAGCCCGACUUUGUCAAGCGCACUCGCGGCGACGCAGCUGGUGGUGACAUUGACGGUGCCAAGUCCAAAAAGGGCAAGGGCAAGGGCAAGCAGGGACCCAAAAAGGGCAUCAACACCGUCAGCACGGGCUUCCGCAUCUCCCUCGAGAAGCUGAUGGAGCGGAUGAACCGUUGCAAGCCCCACUUUGUCCGCUGCAUCAAGCCCAAUCUGGCCAAGGCCCCUGGUCGCUUCGAAUCGGCCAUGGUCAUGAAGCAGCUCAAGUACACCGGUAUGCUGCAGACGAUUGAGAUUCGCAAAGACGGUUACCCGAACCGCCCCUCCUUCAAGCAAUUCAUUGACACGUAUCGUGGUGCUGUUUUCGACUUUACCAAGCCGAUGGACUACACGUCCGCCAACUGCACUCGUAUUCUGCAAAAGGCAGAGGAAAAGCAACGCGAGGUGGCCGCUGCCAACAAGCUCACCGGCAAAACGGCGCAUUUGGAUAAAUGGAUCGUGGCCAAGACCAAAGUCUUCCUCAAGUACUGGCACCAGGAUAUCCUGGACAACUUUUACCGGCCCAUGGACGCGGCCGCAGUGCGCAUCCAGGCAUGGACUCGACGCUACCUUGCGCAACUGCGCUUC